CUACCACGGCCGCCCUACCAGGGGACCGCCAACGCCAGUCCAAAGCUCUUAUCUAAUUCCAACAUCAUGAGUGACCUACCACAACAACAACAACUACACAAACAGGAGAACACCAAAGACGUGGCUUCCCUGGUCUCCAAGGAAUCUGGCCUGGGAGACACUCAGAGUGACCAGGACUCCAAGGAUAUCAUGAUCGACCGGUCGACCUUGGAGGAGUACCUCAAGAUCGAGAGGGAGAUCGCGGAGGAGGAGUCGAACAACCCCAUCCAACCCCUCGAGCUGAAGACCGACCAGAUGGUAAGGCUGACCGAAGAGAUAGACAGGAUGGAGGAGGACCUUCAGGACCUUGAGAGAAAGACAGAGAAAGAGAAGGCGGACGUGGACCAUUUGGCCUCGUCGGACAAUGAGAUCAAGGCUGCCCUGCUGGAGAUGGAGACCUUCGACGACCAGAUGGCCAAGGAGAAGGCCGAGUACGUGGCCGCCCUCAACAAACAGGAGAUCGCAGCACAAGAAUUGGAGACCCACAAGAAACAGAGAGAACAGAUCUCCCAGGAGGUGGCUGAACUGGAGACCCGCGCCAACCAUCUCCACGAUUUGUACAAACGCCAUGACAGUCUCCUAGACCGCCUGUUUGGAGGGGAGUAUGGGUCGGUGGCGGAACUGUUGGAGGCGGAACUGGAUGAAUUGGAGGCCCACCGUGGGAGGAUCAUGGAGGCUAACUUCAAGUGGAGGCAGGCACAGAUGAUGCUUGAGUACGCCUGCAAGCAACUGGCAGUCGCCGUCCAGAAGUGGCAGGACCUCCCAACCAUACCAACCAUAGACCUGGAGAUCCGGUACAGUGUGGCGGCCGAGACGAGAAACAACCUGGUGGCGGCGGGUCAGAACAUCCACGGGGCACAACGCUACCUCGACAACGUCAACUUCCCCUACUGUGCUCCCGGCGAGGUUGACACUCUCAACAAACACGACGCCCACACCCCGGGAAAGGACACCACCAGUCGUGACCUUGAUAUGAAGAAGGCGACGGAGUAUGUGUUCACGGAUAUGCAGAGUCCUGAGCGUCAUGAUCACGCCCAGUCCUGUUACUCCACCACACACAAGAGAGCCAACGCCCUCCUGCAGUGGUUCGACACGGUGAUCAACACGACCAUCAUGAAGGACCUGAACGACAUUAACGCCAAGGUGAAGGGUAAGACGCUGGAGCUGAGGCGGGAGAGAGUCCGUCUCAUCCAGGAGAAGGUGCGGGAGUUAUGGGGGACGGACAUAGAGCUGGACUCAACACUACGGAUGCAGGACGUAGAUGUGGAGCAGAUGGCCCGAGGCAUGUUGACUGACGGCCAGGUGGUGAAGCUCGACGGUGGUGACCUGGAGAGUCAGAGGGCUGGUACUCCUCCUUUGUUGAGUGAGGAUGAGUUGGCACCUAUGCCCUCAAACAACGUCAUCUUCGGCAACAUGUACGACCACUACCAGA